GACGAAAGAACAAACUACCGGAUGUGAUGGGACAACUGAGGAAGCACAACGGACGUGACGUACACUCGGGUUGCCCAGGGAGACGGCGGGACUGUUUCUUCCGAGCUGCUGCUGCGAUGGAGAAAUACGAGAAAAUCAAAGUUGUCGGAAGAGGAGCUUUCGGGAUCGUCCACCUGUGUCGGCGGCGCAGCGACGGAGGUUUGGUCAUCCUGAAGGAGAUCCCCGUGGAGCAGAUGUCCCGUGACGAGCGCCUGGCCGCUCAGAAUGAGUGCCAGGUACUAAAGCUGCUCAACCACCCCAACAUCAUCGAGUACUACGAGAACUUCCUGGAGGACAAGGCGCUCAUGAUUGCCAUGGAAUACGCACCCGGCGGCACCUUGGCUGACUACAUCCAGAAGCGCUGCAACUCCCUGCUGGAUGAGGACACCAUCCUUCACUUCUUUGUGCAGAUCCUCUUGGCCCUCUACCACGUGCACAACAAGCUCAUCCUGCACAGGGACCUCAAGACGCAGAAUAUUCUGCUGGACAAGCAUCAGAUGAUCGUCAAGAUCGGCGAUUUUGGCAUCUCCAAAAUCCUCGUCAGCAAAAGCAAAGCGUACACCGUGGUGGGAACACCGUGCUACAUCUCUCCGGAGCUUUGCGAGGGCAAGCCGUACAACCAGAAGAGCGACAUCUGGGCUCUGGGCUGUGUCCUCUACGAGCUGGCCAGCCUCAAGAGAGCCUUUGAGGCGGCGAAUCUGCCCGCCUUGGUGCUGAAGAUCAUGAGCGGGACCUUCGCCCCCAUCUCGGACCGCUAUAGCCCGGAACUGCGGCAGCUGGUCCUCAACAUGCUCAACCUGGAUCCCUCCAAGCGGCCUCAACUCAACGAAAUCAUGGCGCUCCCCAUCUGCAUACGCCCGCUGCUCAAUCUUUGUACGGACAUCGGCAAUGUCAAGAUGCGCAGGAUUGAGAAACCACUGUCCACUGUGCAGACCGGGCCACAAGGCAGAGCCGGAGGGCGAGUGCCGGCCGGCAGAUCCAGAGCUGGCACAGGCAAGCUGCAUUCCCUCCCGCUGUCAUCGGUGUACACGUGGGGCGGCGGCAUCUCGGCCCCGCUGCGUCUGCCCGUGCUCAACACUGAGGUGCUGCAGGUGUCGCUGGGACGCACGCAGAAGAUGGCCGUCACCAAGUCGGGCCGCCUCAUCGCUUGGGAGGCGCCGUCGGCGGGCUCCGCCGAGGUCAGCCUGCCCGGCGCGGUGGAGCAGAUGCAGCCGCAGUUCAUCUCGCGCUUCCUGGAGGGUCAGUCGGGAGUCACCAUCAAGUCCGUUUCCUGCGGAGAUCUCUUCACCGCCUGCAUGACAGACAGAGGCAUCAUCAUGACCUUUGGAAGCGGGAGCAACGGCUGCCUGGGCCACGGCAACUUUAAUGACGUCACGCAGCCCAAAAUCGUGGAGGCGCUGCUCGGCUACGAGCUGGUGCAGGUGUCGUGCGGCGCGUCCCACGUUCUGGCCGUGACCAACGAACGAGAAGUAUUUGCCUGGGGAAGAGGAGACAACGGUCGCCUCGGCCUGGGCACCCAGGACACCCACAACUCUCCCCAGCAGGUGCGUCUGCCCGCCCGCUUUGAGCCGCAGAGGGUCCUGUGCGCCGUCGACUGCUCCAUGAUCAUCAGCCCUGGCGCGGCUGACGGGAUGGUGGCUUGCGGAAGCAACAGGUUCAAUAAGCUGGGUCUGGACAAGAUCACGUCCGGCGAGGAGCUGACUCCCUCCGACCAGGUGGAGGAGGUGCACUCGUUCGCGCCCGUCCGAUCGGCGCCGCUCGACAAGGAGAAGAUUGUCUGCAUUGACAUCGGCACCGCCCACUCUGUCGCCGUGACAGAGAGCGGCCAGUGCAUCACCUUUGGCAGCAACCAACACGGACAGAUGGGCUGCGGGUCGCGACGGGCAGGCCGCGCGCCUUACCUGGUGCCCGGCCUGCGGGGAGUCACCGUGGCGGCCUGCGGAGACGCUUUCACGCUGGCCAUCAAGUCUGAUGGCGAGGUGUACACGUGGGGAAAGGGCGCCCGCGGGCGCCUGGGGAGGAAAGAGGAGGACUCGGGAACACCCAAGGCGGUGCAGCUGGACCAGAGCCGACCGUUCACCGUCACCUCGGUGGCUUGUUGUCAUGGCAACAGCCUGCUGGCAGUCAAACCUUUGCUCGACGAAGCCGCCUCGAGGUGAUAGCGACCCGACCCCAACCCCUCGGAAUCUUCCCUGAAGGACCGAGCCGGCGUUCUCUGUUUUCACCCAAAACUAUCGGAACGUGAGGUAUAUGCAGAAAAUACACCUUCGGCCAACCGGCGCAAAAGAGCGGAUGAUCGCCUUCCGCUCUUUGAGGAAGUCCAACGAAAUCUGGCCGUGUGCCUGGGGAGAUUUUGGGAACAGAAAAGGGAAAUUCCCCAAAGAGCUCCCACAGUCGUCACAGGGAUGGGGGGGGGGGCAAAAAGAGCUCUUGUAUCGGGCUCCUAAAGUACUGACAUGUCUUCAAAGAAGUCAAAGUUGAAAAAAAAAAA